GAACAAGUCUGAAAAAUUCACGGCUAAAAUAUCGGUGUGUUACAUCACAAUACGAGGGCAGGGACCCGGAUUUUAUUCCCGUGUCUGCCCGUAAAGUGCCAGGGUACAAUGGGGAAAAGAGGAGCACAGACAAGCCUCGGAAGAGAAAGAUUUUACGGAAAAUCAAAGCUGAGAUAUGUUCGCAAAAUAUGGCCAACCCAGACAUGGAGAAAGCCGCAAGAUCACGGAAACUUCUGAUACCUUUGGAUGAAGUGAUGAAAGGAUGGGCUCUUAAACAAUACCCACAUCAAGUCAAAACAAUGGCUUCAUAUCUCGGGGUUUUUGACCAUAUGUUUGAUGGUAGAAGCUUCACUCCUUUGGUAGCGAUGAAUGUGGACUACCCAGAUGGUAGUUCGGUGCAUUGUGGUAAUUUUCUAUCACCAGCACAGACAUCUUGCGAACCAAAAGUGUCAUUUCACACUGAAGAUGACUCUCUGACCACAUUAUUGAUGGUGGAUUUAGAUGGUAAUAUCUUGUCAAGAAAUGAUGAAAUACUACACUGGAUGGUUGGUAAUAUUCCUAACGGAGAUUUAACUCAGGGGGAGUCAGUCUGUCAGUAUCUUCCACCAUGCCCCGUUAAAGGAACUGGUUAUCACAGGAUUGUGUUUUGUCUUAUGAAGCAAACAACACGCUAUGAUUACGAGGCUAUUCACACAAGACAUAACACAAGAUGCCUCGUCAGCAGAUCGUUUAAAACAUCGACGUUUUUGGACAAUUUUCAACUUGUUCCUCAGGCACUUUCUUUCUUUCAAGCAACCUGGGACAUGUCCGUAUCAAAUAAUUUCACAGAAAUCUUGGGUAUAAAAGAACCCGUGUAUGACCUGGAACCAUUCUUGACACCGAACCAAAGAAAACGUUCACAAGUUAGAGAGAUAUUCGCAAAAAAAUACACAAAUAUGUAACGAGUUUUGCUCUCUGUAAAUCAGUCUAAAUAAAU